AUGAUUGUUGAAGAAACAAACAAGACUAUCGAAGAUACGAACAGCUAUUUUGAUUCGUACAUAGACGAACUUCGUGAUACACAGCGCAGAGUUGUUAACGAUCUACAAAAGACAAAACAAGACGCACAAACAUACAUCGCAAAUGUGAAUUCAGAAAUACAAUCACUGAAUGGUGAUGUUCAAGCAUUAAUUAAAGAAAACGUUGUUCAGCUGGCAAAAAUGGCUCGUGUAUCAAUUGCGGCGAACAAGCUCGACCAACAAAUGAACAAUUAUCAAAUGACGAAAAUUAUCGAUUUUGUUAAAGUAAAUCCAGUGAUAGCUAUUAAAUUCGGUGAUAUACCGACAGUAUCCGAAGCACAACAAGAUCAUGUUAUCACGGAUCGAAGUAAAAGUUGUCUUCGAAAUAACGAAGAAUCAGAAUCCGUCGUCGACGAGUCCGAAUCACCAACUGAAUUACCAGACGCAGAAGAACAUACAGCAAAUGCAACAGGAGAAGAUGAUGCUGAAUCAUACACGACAUGUCUUGACACGAUGAUUAUAAAGCAGAAUCGUAUUGUAACCUCGUAUAACGUCAAUCGAAUAGCAAGCGACGGUAAAAACAUUCUCUACGCCAGCUAUGUUCAAGAUGCGCCUGAUAUCAUCGCAUACUGUCACUUCAAUGAUGACGGGAGACAGAUUGAUGAACAUCGAAAUUGGAAUCAGUCCCAAAUUGAGGAUCUGAUAUGGUGGGAUGAGAUUCAGAAAUUCGUUUGUAUAACUGAAAAUGCAGUUUAUACAGUUGAAUAUGUCAAUCGAACAUUGAAAAUUAUACUUGUUAUCCAUGGCGCAUGGUCGUACGCUCGAGUUGCAACAAAUAAGCGCGAACUUUUCUUAUGGGUGGAUACUACCAACAGGAGAUUCAACGGUAUAGAAGUGUAUUCAACAAAUUUCGGUCGAAUACGAACGAUUGAUUUCAAUUGUGGUCAAAUAGGACCUUAUGCUGAUGAGAGUGUUAGCUUUUGUGUAACUAACAAUAGUAUAGCGUUGUUGUGUGUUCGCACUAGACACAAACGUCACAAGCUUAGUGCUAAUUUCUGCGAUUUUGAGAUGCAUAGAUUAAAUUUAUUCCGACUUGGCAUAUGCACUGGCGAUGCAGAAAUUCGCAGUGAUGGCAAAGAUCGACUCUUCGUUACGACCGGUAAACAAAAACUCUACAUAUUUUCAUCGAUGAAUCAAAUGCGAUGGAUUACAUUAGAAGAUCCUGGUGAGUGUAUUGCAGUUCUCAAUGGUCGACGUCUUGCGGUCGGCAAUGGUGGUCAUGAAAUUCAAGUCGUACACUACUGA